AUGCGCGAUCAGAGAGCCAGAAAAAGUGACCGCAGGGCCGGUCCUGGCUGGGUCGCGGCCGUGCUCUCUGGGCGCCGGGGCCCUCGAAGACUGCAUCCAGGGUGGUGGCCACAGACAAGGGACGGUGGAGGGGCCGCGCGGGGUUUCCAGGCUCGGAUCCCGAGGCGCGCAGACCCCGCCCCUCCGAAUGCGGCCUCGGCUGCGGGCGGGACGCGCCUGCAGAGGGGGAGGGCGCCUUCGCCUGGCCCUGAUGACCGGCCCCCCGGACCUCAACUUCGCUGCUCAGACUUCUCUGGAGACCGGCAGGCAGACUAUGACCUGGCUCUUCAUGCCCUUGCCGUCGGGGGUUAUGCUCAGGAUGGGAGGGUUCCCCAUCAAGGCUCCCCUCCAGCCAAGGGAACAAUGAGGCAGGAGAGUCUGAGUGAGCACUCCCCUAAUCACCUUGUGUGCAGCUCCCUCGUGCUAGCGUGCUGCACAGGCUGGAGGCAGCAGGGGGACGAAUGCGGGAUAGCGGUGUGUGAGGGCAACUCCACAUGUUCGGAGAACGAGGUGUGCGUUCGGCCAGGCGAAUGCCGCUGCCGCCACGGGUACUUCGGUGCCAAUUGCGACACCAAAUGUCCGCGUCAGUUCUGGGGUCCUGACUGCAAGGAGCUGUGCAGCUGCCACCCGCACGGACAGUGCGAGGACGUGACUGGCCAGUGCACGUGCCACGCGCGACGCUGGGGCGCCCGAUGCGAACAUGCAUGCCAGUGCCAGCAUGGGGUGUGUCACCCGUGGAGUGGAGCGUGCCGUUGCGAGCCGGGCUGGUGGGGCGCGCAGUGCGCCAGCGCGUGCUACUGCAGUGCCACGUCACGCUGCGACCCUCAGACCGGCGCGUGCCUGUGCCAUACUGGCUGGUGGGGCCGCAGCUGCAACAACCAGUGCGCCUGCAACACGUCACCCUGCGAGCAACAGAGCGGCCGCUGCCAGUGCCGAGAGCGCACGUUCGGCGCGCGCUGUGAGCGCCUCUGCCAGUGCUUCCACGGCCGCUGCCACCCGGUGGACGGCACAUGCGCCUGUGAGCCGGGCUACCGGGGCAAAUACUGCCGCGAGCCCUGUCCCGCCGGCUUCUAUGGUCAGGGCUGCCGCCGUCGAUGCGGCCAGUGCAAGGGCCAGCAGCCGUGCACGGUAGCCGAGGGCCGCUGUUUGACUUGCGAGCCGGGCUGGAAUGGCACCCAGUGCGACCAGCCGUGCGCCGCCGGCUUCUAUGGUGAGGGCUGCAGCCAUCGCUGCCCCCCGUGCCGCGAUGGGCACGCCUGCAACCACGUCACUGGCAAAUGCAUGCGCUGCAAUGCGGGGUGGAUCGGAGACCGGUGUGAGACCAAGUGCAGCAACGGCACCUAUGGUGAGGACUGCGCCUUUGUGUGCGCGGACUGCGGUAGUGGCCACUGUGACUUCCAGUCUGGGCGCUGUCUGUGUAGUCCUGGCGUCCAUGGGCCCCACUGUAAUUUGACAUGUCCCCCCGGGCUCCAUGGCGUGGACUGCACCCAGGCCUGCAACUGUCACGAAGAAUCCUGCGAUCCAGUCACCGGUGCCUGCCGCCUGGAGACCAACCAGCGCAAGGGCGUGAUGGGAGCUGGCGCCCUGCUUGCCCUUCUCCUGGGCCUGCUCCUCUCUUUGCUCGGCUGCUGCUGCGCAUGCCGCAGGAAGGACUCAGGGCGCAGGGAACUCUCUCUAGGGAGGAAAAAGGCACCCCAAAGGCUAUGCGGGCGCUUCAGCCGCAUCAGCAUGAAGCUGCCUCGGAUCCCACUUCGAAGGCAGAAGCUGCCUAAGGUCGUAGUAGCCCACCACGACCUGGAUCACACACUCAACUGCAGCUUCCUGGAGCCACCCUCAGGGCUGGACCAGCCAUCCCCUUCCUGGUCCUCUAGGGCCUCCUUCUCUUCUUUCGACACCACUGACGAAGGCCCGGUGUAUUGCGUACCCCAUGAGGAAGCAUCAGCGGAGACCAAGGACGCAGAGCCAGUGGUCCCACCCGAGGAGUCUGCACCGUCCCCAGGCCAGCUGACCCUGCCGGUGCCCGCGGAAGAGGCAGCCCACCUCCCUUUGUCUUCGGACAGUGAGCGUUCUGCUUCCAGUGCAGAAGGGCCCGGUGGAGCGCUGUAUGCGCAGGUGGCCCGGCGCGAGACCCGGACGGCCCAGGGUUUAGGUGAAGCUGGGGGUCUGUCGCUGUCCCCAUCGCCUGAGCGCAGGAAGCCGCCGCCACCUGACCCCGCCACCAAGCCAAAGGUGUCCUGGAUCCAUGGCAAGCACGGCGGUGGGGCCAUCACCACGAUCAGUUCGCCCUCACCUCCGUCCCCAGCGCCUGAAGCCAUGCCCAGCCCUAGUAAGAGGAAAAGGACUCCCAGCGACACAUCAGCGUGGCCAGACGAGCGCAGCAGUCCUCCAGCCCGUGACCUGGUACCGCGACCCCCUAGGCAGGCCGAGGAGGUACUGGCCCCUGCCCCGUCCUCGCCGCCCCGGGCCCGGGCUCGGGGGCGCGUCCCAGGCCUCCUGGAGCCAGAGGAUGCUGGUGGCCCUCCGCUCAGCGCGCCCGAGGCCGCCUCCAUACUGGCUGCUGAACUGCGUGACAAGACUCGCAGCCUGGGCCGCACCGACGUGGGCCCCGGCGCGCACGGCGCCCGGGAGAAGCCGCCGCCGCCACAGAAGGCCAAGCGCUCGGUGCUGCCUGCUUCACCCACGCGCGCGUCCUCCGCACCCGAGGCUCCUGGGCCGGAGAAGGCGACGGUCGGCGCACCCGAGACGCCUCGCAAGAAGACGCCUAUCCAGAAGCCGCCGCGCAAGAAAAGCCGGGAAGCAGCGGGCGAGCUGUCAAGGGUGGGCGCCCCCAACCUGUAG